CGCAGGGUCCCGCCGCCCGCCGGCUGCGCUGAGCCGGGCGCCCCCAGUGCUGCGGAGGAGGCGCCCCGUGCACCUUGCCGUGCGCAGCGCCUUGUCCACAGCGCUCUGUUUCUGCCUGUGAAUCUUUUCCGUCCUUCAGAAGAAGCCGGUGGCACUUUGCCGUGCGGUAACGAACUGUUCGUUUGCGGCCGGUGUUUGUAUCGGGGGCUCCUCUGCGGAGGAAGGGGAACUCCCUAAGGGCAGUGCCCACGCCCGGGGACCCUCCUUAAAGCCCCAUGGGGCAGCGACUCCUGGGGGAGGCUGCGGCUCCGCUGAGGAAUCACGGUCCUGAAGUUCACACGUUGCAUCUUUUAGGUGGUAAUGACGGUUUUCUCACGGUUAGGUGGAGCAGGAUGGGUGACCCGUUCGGUGAUAAACUAGAGCUGAUUGAUACGGUGGUGCACGGAAGGUCAAGAAGAAGGUUACUCAAGGGCAUAGAGUGGUAACCAGUUAGAAUUAGAGGAAGUGGGAACAGAUAAGAGGAAGUUGCUAGGCUCGGACGAGCCUAUAGAGAGGGGCAAGACCUACGAGUGAUCAAAAGGAAUGCACCAAUCGCAAGUCUGUACCUAUGCAUGCUAGCCGCGUGUAGCUGGCUCAGAAGCUAUAGAAUAGCUUGCAUUGGAACAAUAAAGGGUCUCCAUUUCUCGACUUUCUUGGAGUCCGUGUCUCCUUUCCCUUCAAAUGGUGACCGCGACGUGAUUUGCGGAGGAGCAGCGCUGCAAGGAGCGUCCGAAGGGAACCCAGCCGAACGAGGCAAGCUCGCAGCCGGACUGCAGCUUCAACCCCGGGACAUCACCUGGAAGGCAGGACAAGGACCACGAUGGGUGCAGCCCGUGGCAUGCGACCUUGGUUGGGACAACCGCCCUCCUCCACCUCUGCAGUUUUGGUGCCGCAUGGGUCUCAAUCCAGCCCAGAUGAAACAUUUGGGUCACCCUCGCCAACAUGACGGAACAGGACCAUGUGUGUCUCUCUAUGGCCAGCGCGGGCAAUCCAUUCACAACCUGCUUGGUCGGGAUUCCGCUAUCAGAUAACGAACUUACAGCUUCGGUCAACAGUAUGGGAAUAGGGGCAAUCCUUACGGCAGGGUGGAACGCCUCUGAUACAGGAAACGCCUCUAGGGAGGCAAUGAACAACUGGGAUGGCUGGGCUGCCAACUUACCGAUAGCCCCGUUAGAGCCUCAGGAACUAGACAUCUUAGGGAGGGUUAAUGCACUUGCCUGCCUAAAAUUCAAUUAUACUGGGAAAAAUAUCACCGCGGUCAAUAUAACGGCUAAUCUAUCUGUAUACCAGAAUGAAUCUGAAUGGUGCAAUUACACCACCCCUAAUAUAUCGAGGUCCUCAAAUGCACCCUUGGCCUUGCCAACCGGAGUGUGCCUUAUUUGCGGGGACCGAGCUUGGCAAGGUAUUCCCUCUCAUAUUGUAGGAGGACCUUGCACCUUGGGACGCUUAACUUUAUUGACACCCAACACGUCUAUGAUCUUGAAUAUCACCAAGAUCCAUGGACGACCAAAACGAUCAGUUAAUCAUUUCCAGGAAGACUGUAGGAAUAAUUUGGAUUUUUGGGAGGCAGAUAAAGUUAUCACAGCCUCCAUCCUUGCACCUGGUGUCGCUGUCUCCCAUGCCUUGACAACGCUUAAUAAAUUAGGGUGUUGGCUUGCCAAACAAAACAAUGCCACGUCUGCUGCAUUAAGUGCUUUGCUGGCAGAUACGGAUUCCAUUAUGCACGCCACUCUGCAAAAUAGAGCAGCUAUUGAUUUUCUGCUAUUAGCCCAAGGUCAUGGGUGUGAAGAAUUUGAAGGCAUGUGCUUUAUGAAUCUGAGCAACAAUUCUCAGAUGGUAUUUCUUAAAAAAAUGAAUGAGUUGUCUGAUAAGCUAACGACAAGCUCACUGGGAUUGCAGGCAUGGCUAAAAGGAUUAGGAAUAACUGGGUGGUUGAUGGAGUUGAUGAAAGGGGUGCUUAUUUUGCUUAUUGCAUUUGUUGCAAUUAUAGUAGUUGUACCGUGCCUGUUGCAAUGUUUGCAAAAAAUGAUUAAUCGCUCAAUACGCACGAUCUGGGUUGUAGAAACAAAAAAAGGGGGAAUUAUGGGUGACCCGUUCGGUGAUAAACUAGAGCUGAUUGAUACGGCGGUGCACUAAAGGUCAAGAAGAAGGUUACUCAAGGGCAUAGAGUGGUAACCAGUUAGAAUUAGAGGAAGUGGGAACAGAUAAGAGGAAGUUGCUAGGCUCGGACGAGCCUAUAGAGAGGGGCAAGACCUACGAGUGAUCAAAAGGAAUGCACCAAUCGCAAGUCUGUACCUAUGCAUGCUAGCCGCGUGUAGCUGGCUCAGAAGCUAUAGAAUAUCUUGCAUUGGAACAAUAAAGGGUCUCCAUUU